UCUGCCGGCAGUUCACUCACAAAAACACUACAGAUUUCUCUGAUAGGUUACAAAAAAUAAACGAGAAAAAAAGAUGGAGCCUAUUGGAGCCACUGCGGAGGGAGAGUGGAGUUCUCUUAGUGGAAUGUACACAAGUGAGGAGGCUGAUUUCAUGGAACAGUUGCUUGUCAACUGUCCUCCUAAUCAGGUUGCUUCAAGUUCAAGCUUUGGAGUUCAAUCUAGUUUUUGGCCUAACCAUGAACCAACAAUGAACAUGGAAGGGGCCAAUGAAUGUUUAUUGUAUUCUUUGGGUAUUGCUGAUACUAAUCUGUACCCAUUUUCACAAGUGAGCAGUGGUUAUAGUGGUGGUGGUAGCAUUCUUUUUCCCAACUCAAGUGGAGAAAGCUACUACCUGAUUGAUUCUCACCCAGUUUUGGCAGACACUAAUAGUUCCAUGUCAAUGGAUUUUUGCAUGGGAGACUCGUAUGUUGUUGAUGGCGAUGACUUCUCAAACCAAGAAUUGAGCAAUGGAAAUGUGGAAGAGUCUGGUGGAAACCAGACUGUAGCUGCUCUUCCUGAACCUGAAAGCAGUUUGCAACCCAAGAGAGAAUCAAAGAUGCCAGCAUCUGAACUACCCCUGGAAGAUAAAAGCAGAAAGCCACCUGAGAAUUCCAAGAAAAGAUCACGGCGUACGGGAGAUGCCCAAAAGAACAAGAGGAAUGUAAGGUCAAAGAAGAGCCAGAAGGUUGCCUCGACUAGCAACAAUGAUGAAGAAAGCAAUGGUGGCCUUAAUGGUCCUGUCUCAAGCGGUUGCUGCUCAGAGGAUGAAUCCAAUGCCUCCCAGGAGCUCAAUGGAGGAGCGAGUUCAAGUUUGAGCUCAAAAGGGACAACAACUCUCAACUCAAGAGGCAAAACAAGAGCCAGUAAGGGGGCAGCCACUGAUCCCCAGAGCCUCUAUGCAAGGAAAAGAAGAGAGAGAAUAAAUGAGAGGCUGAGAAUUCUACAAAACCUUGUCCCCAAUGGAACAAAGGUUGACAUUAGCACAAUGCUUGAAGAGGCUGUCCAGUAUGUGAAGUUUUUGCAACUCCAAAUUAAGCUGCUAAGCUCUGAAGACCUGUGGAUGUAUGCUCCUAUCGCGUACAAUGGUAUGGACAUCGGUCUUGAUCAUCUGAAGCUUACCACACCAAGACGAUAGUAGAUGUUAAGAGGAGGGUGGUGAUUUUUUUAUUAUUUCUGUCAAUAGCAUAUGUGAUGAGAUUAAAAUAUAGUCAUUGCCAAUUUGUAAUGGUUUUAUACUGUACGAGUAUAGAUAGGAUUUCGCUUAUAAAAUUAAUCCACGAGUAAUCAUCGUGAGAAAUUCUUUCAUGUAGACACCUUGACAUGGUGAACACUAUCCGA